UAGGUGACGAUGUCCGAUCGAGCCGCAGCAGAAAGAGCCUGUAAGGACCCAAACCCCAUCAUCGACGGCAGGAAAGCCAACGUCAACCUGGCGUACCUCGGGGCCAAACCACGGAUCAUGCAGCCAGGCUUUUCAUUUGGUGUCCCUCAAACACACCCUACGUUUUUCCAACGGCCUUAUGGAGAUAGUGAGGAUGAUCAUUCCCCAUUACUGUAUCCUCCUCCUUUCCGCCAGGUUAUGAGGAUUCCCGCUCACUAUGUGUAUCCGCAGGCGUUUGUGCAGCCCAGCGUGGUGAUCCCUCACGACCCCUCGGCCGCGGCGUCUCCGUACCUGGACUACACCGCUGCUGCGUACGCACAGUACAGCGAUCCGUAUCCGUACGCUGCCUCGCCGGCCGCUGCGACCGGAUACGGUUAUGUCCAGCAGCCUCUGGCGUCACCUGGAUCCGCGGCGGCCGCAUUCGCUCAGUAUCAACCGCAGCAGCUGCAGACGGACCGCAUGCAAUGAGAAACCCACCGUUUACAUUCAUGACUGUAUCAGCCAAAGAAACUCAUGUAUUGUUCGGUUAUUGUUAUUAUUGCUAUUUUAUUUGUAGGCCUAGUAUUUAAUAUUUAUUACGGAAAGGAAAGCUAUAGUGAUUGACACCACGUUUCUUACAUGCAACUGAUAUGUUUUUCAUUAUUCACUCACCCUCAUGUCGUUAAAAAUCCUUGUGUUGCUAUCUUUCAGUGCAAUGCAUAAAGAAACAUUGUGGUUUUAUUAUUAAAGCAACAUAAAAGUAUCAUAUUCGCAUUUGCGUUCAGAUAUUAUGCAUUAACCGCAUACAGAUGCAUAAACAUCAGAUCUUCAAAAUUUCUGCUUUUGUGUAACACAGAAAUAUUUUUAGGUGAGUUAUUCAUUUAAAGGAGUAAUUCAUGCAAAAAUG